AUGAUGACUUCGCUGAAAGCAACGUCUUUGUCGUCGUUUACGUCGUCACACUACUCGAUGAUGAUUAAAUACGACAGACGAUAUUCGUCGCUCUCGGCCUCCUCAUCUGAACCAUCGUCAUCAUCAUCGCUUCUUCGUCGCUUUACGCGUUCAAGACAUCAUCGCAUCUUCGCGUCGUCGUCACCGACGACGUCGUCACCCGAACGACGAAAACAACUUCUCUCGCCACCGCACGAUAUCUCGGUCCCUCUCCCGUCUGCGGGGAAAAACAAACCACCGUUAUCGAUUGAACGGGCAAUAAGCGAGUAUCCGUGGAGAGGUGGAUUAGAACCGAUCGAAAACUCUGCGCAUCCCGUCCAAUGUGAAACUGUUUUCGGGGCUGUCCCGGAAGAAGUGAAAGGAGGCACGUUAUACCGACUCGGGCCGGGGAGAUGUCGAUUAGGAUCGAAGAAAUACGCGCACUGGUUCGACGGCGACGGGUGCAUGCACGAAAUUAGGUUUGGGAAAGAGAACGGAGAAGUGACGAUGCGUUCGGCGAUGGUGGAAACGGAACGGUAUAAAGCGCAAGAGACGCGAAAGGCGAAAGGCGACGACGAUAUCGUCGGGGCGAGAGGCGCGUGGACGCAAGCGACGGACAUCAUGGACAAUUUAGGAAAGUUUCCAACGAAUCCAGGAAAUACGAGUCCAGUUGUUUUCAACGGGAGUUUAUUAGCCUUGUGCGAAGGCGGACCACCGAUUGAGAUUGAUAAGAAGACGUUAAAGACGAAAGGCGAGUAUUCAGGGAAAUUUACGGGCGAUUUGAGUGGCUUUCCGAUGGGUUUUGCCGCACAUUCGAAAAUAGACGCGAACGAUGGGUACAUGUACGCGUGGGGUCUAGCAAAGCCACCGGCGUUGGGGCACAGGUUUGCCAAAAUCUCGCCGAGUGGGGAGGUUUUGAAAACCACCAACGUGCCUUUACCGGACCCGCUCGGUUUUUUCCUCUUACACGAUGCGUGCGAUACGGAAAAUUAUGUCGUUUUUGUCGUCGUUCCGUGGAAAGCGACGGUUGGGGAAAUCAUGCCAGCGUUAAUUGGCGUGGAGAGUUUUGGUCAUUCGUUUUCUUACGAUUCAAACGCCAAGACACGAAUCGUUGUCAUGCGCAAAUCGGAUUUAACCGUCGCGAUGGAGGUGGACGUUGAAAACUUCAGUUCCUACCACAAUGCCGGGGCUUAUGAAGACGAGCAAGGGAACAUUCACGCGUUGGUGUGCAAAUUAAAAGGCGAUCGAGAGGAUCUGGAAAAGAAUUUUGCGGACAUGUACAAUUCCGUGUGGACGUCGAAACAGUAUAAUCACUUGUACGACGUGUGUUUAUCGGUCAAAGAGAAGAAAGUUUUAUCGCAAACGAAAAUUGGCGGCGACGGUGCUAAACCGAUGGAAUUUCCGAUUUUAUCUACGAAGUGGACGCAAACUGCCGCGAAAACGAAAUCGAUGCCUGCGUUUAUCUACACCUUAUGUUUCGGUGAAAGCGGCGGCGGUUAUUUCGAUACCGUCCAAAAAGUAGCGACGACUUUAGGGGCGAACGAAAACCACCUCGAAUACCGAUCCAAACCUGGAUACUUCCCAGCCGAAGUUGCGUUUGUCCCUAAGAACAACGCUCAAAAAGAAGACGACGGGUAUUUAGUCUUCAUCGAAUACGCCGCCAAUCGUCACGCCAGCGACGUGGUCGUUCUCGACGCCGAAACCAUGGACGAAGUCUACCGAGCGGAAUCGAGCUAUCACGUUCCGUAUACUUUCCACGGUUGCUGGGAGUCGUCUGCAAACUAA